UUGUCCCUUUUAAACGCAAACAAAACCUCAUAUGCUUUUCUCUCUCACAACUCCAAACCACAAACUUUGUCACACUUUGUUUCUACAACUUCUUCCUAUACUUUCUCACUUCAUUAUUUUUUUUGCUUCAACUUCCAAACCUAACAACAACAACAACUUAACACAACCCAUGGAAGCUCAAGAGUUUUUCCAAUCCGACAACAAUUCGAACACAAACAAUGUAAACACUGCUGCUUCCGACCACUUCAUCGUUGAAGAUCUCUUUGAUUUCUCUAAUGAGGAUGUUGCCAUUGAGGACCCCACUUUCGAAGAAUCUCCUCCUACCAACUCUAAUGAUUCUCCUCCUCUUGAAACCAACCCCACUUCCAAUUUCUUCACCGACAAUUCCUGCCAGAAUUCUGCCGACGGCCCUUUCUCCGGCGAACUCUCCGUUCCGUAUGAUGAUCUUGCGGAGCUAGAAUGGGUGUCCAAAUUUGCUGAGGAAUCAUUUUCAAGUGAGGACCUACAUAAGCUACAGUUGAUAUCUGGUUUGAAGGCACCAAAUAACGUAGCAUCAAAACCCUAUGAAGAAUCCAACCCAACAGUACACUCUCAAGUGUCUGUCCCGGCGAAAGCCCGAAGUAAGCGAUCUCGUGUGCCUCCGUGCAACUGGACUUCGCGCCUUCUAGUUCUCUCUCCAACCACGACCACCACCACCACCACCACCACAUCUUCUCACUCUGACACCAUGGCUCCACCAAAAAAGCCUUCUCCAAGAAAGAGAGACCCCAAUGAUGGAGGGGAGGGUCGCAAGUGCCUUCAUUGCGCCACUGAUAAAACUCCACAAUGGCGCACUGGGCCAUUAGGUCCAAAGACACUUUGCAAUGCCUGUGGAGUCAGAUACAAGUCGGGUCGACUCGUACCUGAGUAUAGGCCUGCAGCAAGCCCAACAUUUGUGUUGACCAAGCAUUCCAACUCACAUCGAAAGGUGCAAGAGCUCCGACGCCAGAAGGAGAUGAUGAGGGCCCAACAACACCAAUUGUUGCAACUACAACAUCAUCACAGCAUUAUGUUUGAAGGACCAUCCAACGGUGAUGAUUACUUGAUUCAUCAACACGUGGGACCCGAUUUCACGCACCUCAUCUAGUACGGUGCUUUGGUAGAGAAUUAAACCUCCAACGCAGCUUUGAAUAUUAAUUUUGUAGCUACAAUUAAUUUUACUUAUAUCUCUCCUACCAUUUUUAGUUUAUGACAGGUUAAUUAAUAAUGUUUUUUCAUUUUUCAAGAA